UCACUGGCGUCAUUCGGCUAUUUCCGCUGCGGGAGACGCCGCCUCAUGUAAACACAACAAGGACCCGGAAUCAAGUGAUCGAUUUCAAAGUUGCUUCGAGCCGAUCGGGGCCCUGCGGUCUGAUGGUGUGAUGGAGCUCCGCUUGGACUGACCCGGGAGCGGCAACAUGUCCAUGGAAGACCCGUUCUUCGUCGUCAAAGGCGAGGUGCAGAAAGCAGUGAAUGCAGCCCAGAGCCUCCAUCAAAGAUGGAGCGAGUUGCUGCUGGAAGGGGGCGGAGCCUCCAAGGAAGAGAUGGACUGGACCACCAAUGAGCUGAGGAACAGCCUGCGCUCAAUCGAGUGGGACCUGGAAGACCUCGAUGAGACCAUCAGCAUCGUGGAGUGCAACCCUAAGAAGUUCAACCUGGAUGCUGUGGAGUUGUCCAAGAGAAAAGCCUUCAUCAACAGCACAAGACACACAGUGAAGGAGAUGAAGGAGCACAUGUCCAGUCCAGCUGUAGCCGUCACUGACAGAACAAACAAACAGGCUCUGCUGGGUGACGGCGGCGCUCAGGGUCCGCUGUGGCAGCCUGCUGGCGACAAAUACGUCCGACUGGACCGUCAUCUGCACAACGCCAACUCUCAGUUCAUGGAGGAGCAGCAGGUUCAGCAGCAGCUGAUGGCGGAGCAGCAGGACGAGCAGUUGGAGCUGGUUUCGGGAACAAUCGGAGUCUUGAAGAACAUGUCGGAGAGGAUCGGCAUGGAGUUGGACGAACAGUCUGUCAUGUUGGAUGACUUCAGUCACGAGAUGGACAACACUCACUCCAGACUGGACAACGUCAUGAAGAAACUGGCUAAAGUGUCCCACAUGACCAACGACCGCCGCCAGUGGUGCGCCAUCGGUGUGCUGCUCGCCAUCCUCUUCGUUAUCCUCCUGCUCCUCUUCAUCCUCUGACCUUCAUCCUGCGUCAGCGGCCUGGAGGUUUGCCGAGUGAUGAACAUUGCAGAGGUCAAAGGGCAAAUGUGUGGUUUUUUUGGGGGGGUUUUUCUCUGUCUGAUCUCGAAAGCAACUCCAGCAUCGUUAGUGGCGGACAUUUUUUUAUUGAAUAACACUAAAGUCGGUUAAUGUUUGCUCUUCGUGUGUAGUUCUCCUCCGUAUUUGUGUUGGCUUCAGCACAUCACCCUAACAGCAUUAAUAAUAAUAAUAACAUUUCUCAAGACACUCAACACCGUAUUAACAUGUUUCUGGAAAGUAUUACAUGUGUGACACUAAGUGGUGGUGAUCACUCGGCAGCUGAUCAACAAUAAAGUGAAACACACACGA